GGGUUCCGCCUUCGUGGGCAGCGUGGCCUCGAACCGCCGCCGCUGGAGAGAGAAGUUCCCGGGACGGAGGGGCGCCUCGUUUCCUCGCGCCAUGAACGAAGCCGAGCUGACCGAAGCCUUUAACACCCAGAUGAGGCAGGAUCCAGAUGUUGCCUCUGCCGUGGCUGCGAUCCGCGUCUUGCUGGAGUUUUUGAAAAGAGACAAAGGUGAAACAAUUCAAGGAUUAAGAGCAAAUCUCAAGCAGGCCAUAGAAACUCUCUCCGGUGUCGAUUCCUCAGUGGCCAUCUCUUCCGGUGGGGAGCUUUUCUUAAGAUUCAUCAGCCUCACGUCUUUGGAGCACCCGGAUUAUUCCAAAUGUAAAGAGAUAAUGAUUGAAAGAGGGGAGCUUUUCCUCCGCCGCGUCUCCCUUUCAAGGACAAAGAUUGCCACCCUGUGUUACACGUUUGUCAAAGACGGUGGGAGAAUAUUAACUCACGCUUACUCCAAAGUGGUCUUGAAAGUCUUGCAAGCCGCCGCAGAAGCCAAGAAACGCUUCAGCGUUUAUGUCACCGAAUCGCAACCUGACCGAGCAGGGCAGAAGAUGGCCGGGGCUCUCAUGAAACUUGGUAUCCCUGCAACGGUCAUUCUUGAUGCCGCUGUUGGCUACAUCAUGGAAAAGGUGGACCUGGUGAUAGUGGGUGCAGAAGGAGUUGUAGAGAACGGAGGAAUCAUCAACAAGAUCGGCACAAACCAAAUGGCGGUGUGUGCCAAAGCUCAAAACAAACCCUUCUACGUAGUGGCCGAGAGUUUCAAAUUUGUGAGGCUUUUCCCUCUGAACCAGCAGGAUGUCCCAGAUAAAUUUAAGUACAAAGCAGACACACUGAAGAAAAGUAAGGCUCUUAUGGUGGAGCACCCUUGGGUCGAUUACACUUCGCCGUCUCUGAUCACACUGCUCUUUACGGAUCUCGGAGUCCUUACGCCUUCGGCCGUCAGCGACGAACUCAUUAAACUCUACUUAUAAACGGGUCAUCGUUUAGGGUGCUGGAGGGGAAUGGGUUUUCCCUGCAGUUCGGGGGUAAGGUGGUGGUUUUUCCUUUUUUAAAAAAAAAGAGCAAAGGAACUGUAAAUAAGGGGUCCAAACAGCUAGAAGGGAGUGGUAUCCUGAUUCAUUUUUUGCAGAAAGGGACGUUUAUGACUUGAUUGUAUGGCUGGGCGUUUGGAAAGUUAAGUUAUUGGGAAUAAAUUCAUUCUGAGUCAGA